UUCAGUACGAGCUGAUAAACUAAAAGCGCAGGAAUAAACUCCUCUGUGUGUGUGUGUGUGUGUGUGUGUGAGAGGAGCUGUAGAGUGAUUAAAGCCGACACGGGGAGGUGACAGAGCGGAGUGACAGCAUGACGAGGUGACAGGAGGAUGUAAAGCAGGAGCUCAGACAGACAGAUACACACACUCACACACCCCCAGAAGCCGGACGGUGGACACAGGGACGUCCUCUCUCACUCACAGUAAAGGUUAGUAAAGAUGUGGUGGUUCCAGGAGGGGUUGUGUUUCCUGCCAGCGUUGCUGGUGGUUUGGACCGCGGCUACAUUUGUUUUUGCGUACAUCACAGCGGUGGAGCUGAGACACGUCGACCCCUUUGUUCCCUACAUCAGUGACACAGGAACGGUUCCUCCUGAGAGGUGUGUGUUUGGGAUCAUGCUCAGUGUCUCAGCAUUUCUGGGCAUUGCCACCAUGUAUGUGCGCUAUAAGCAGGUGGAGGCUCUGACCGAUCAGGGAGAAACACGGCUACUGAAGCUCAACGUUCUCGGCCUCGUCCUCGGCUGCAUCAGUUCUUUCGGCAUGUGUGUGGUGGCAAACUUCCAGAAGACGACGCUGUUCUCGAUGCACCUGGUGGGCGCGGUGCUGACGUUCGGCGUGGGGGCGCUCUACAUCCUGACACACACACUCGUCUCGUACCGCAUGCAGCCGCACAUACACACCAAACGAGUGUUCUGGGUUCGACUGAUCAUCUGCCUGUGGACCUUCAGCAGCAUCAUCAGCAUGUUCGUGUCCUCAGUGAUCCUGUACAGCAGCCUGUUGGGGUUAGAGGUGAACAAGAAACUCCACUGGGAGCCUGGAGAACCUGGUUACACGGCUCACAUGGUGAGCACGGUCUCUGAGUGGUGUCUGGCUUUUUCCUUCAUCAGCUUCUUCCUUACCUACAUCAGAGACUUUCAGAAGAUCAAGCUGAGGGCGGAGGCGGACCUUCAGAGCAGUAAUCUGUAUGACUCCUCCCACUUCGGUUCUACAUGGGUCCCUGGAGAGACGUCCCCCUUACUGGCUGGAUCCAUCUGAACACACACACACACACACAAAGACUCACCACACCACCCCCCCCCCUCUCCCUUACACACUUUGUUAAAUAUUCUGGGCCAGGAAUUUAAACUGACCAAUAGGAAGAGAGAUCUGUUUAGAUGAUGACAGUUACUCAGGAUACCAUGUCCAUGUGGUCCCCGUCCCGGUGGUCUCGUCCCAGCUGCUUCCUCCUGUUGUCCCUGUCCUGAUAGAGCGCCUCCUUGGGACGGCUGUUUUUAAAGAAGUUACAAUUUUCUCUAAACAUCACAUGACUCGGUUCAUUUAGUUUUUAUUCCAGAAGGCUGAAGCUGCACCACAUCAGGGUUUGAUCGAGUCGUCAACACACUCAUGUAUUUUUUUUCACGUUUGUCUAAUCUAACAUCUAAUUCUGUAAAGGUACUCCCCACAGAAUGUAGUGUGCGUGUGUGUGUUAUAUAAGUGUCAGUAUAAUCUUAUUCUUACCUUUUGCUUUAUUUCUCAAUUUUAUUUUUAGCCGCUUUAGCAUUACUCAGUGUGGUUAGGGUGUGAGGUUUCUGACCUGCAGAACACAAUCGCACGCCGUAUAAUUUAGUGGCCAGUGGUGGCUCAGAGGGUUGAGGCUCCGAGUUACUAAUCAGAAGGUCGUUGGUUCAAGCACCAGUUCCACCAGGUUGCUGUUGAGCCCUUGAGCAAGGCCUUAACCCUGUCUGCACUAGGGGGCGCUGUAUCCUGGCUGACCCGGUGCUCUGACCCCAGCUUGCUAACUGGGAUAUGCCAAAAAAAAUCACUUCACCAUGCUGUAAGGUCAUGUGACACAUAAGUGAAUCCUAAUCAUAAAGUGAAAAAUGCGCUAAAGCCCAAAAGCAGGUGAGACCCGCGGAAACAUGUGAAACAUGCCUGUGUGCUAGCUGAUAGUUCCUCAGCUACGUAAACAUGUUAGCAUUAGCCUGUGUUUACAAAAGUACCGAGCAGCCUCAUGGUGUAAGAAAUGUUUACACACUCAAGUCAAUUUUAGGAUUUGUUUGGGGGGAAAAAAUCUUGUUCAUCCUAACUAACCCGCUAAUGCACUAACCCGCUAGCAAACUAACCCGCUAAUGCACCAACCUGUUAGUGAAAUAAUGAAGCACUGAUUUAUUUUACAUUAGAUUUUAUUUUGAAUGAACAAAGUGCAUGAACAAGCAGCUGUGAAACACACACACACACACACACAAAACUGUUCAACAGUGAAUGCAUUAACUGUCUAAGAUAAAUAAACUGAUAUUUUUAUAUUGUUUUAAA